GGCGGCGCAGCUCGGCUCCCGGCGCGUGUCCGUGCCCGCGCCCCGCCAGGGUGCGCAGCCCCCCUCCGGCGGCAUGCAGCCGCCCGCCCGCCGCGCCCGCCGCCUGGCGCUGCCCGCGCUGCUGGCGCUCCUCACCUGCUCCGUGGCUUUCUGUUUGGUUUCUGACGAUGCAAGGAAAGAAGUCCAGCCGACUCAGGAUUUGGAGAAAAGUGGCAGAUCCAGGAAAAACAAUAUAGACUUGAAAAGCAUCGUAUUUGUCAUCCAGAGUCAAAGUAAUUCGUUUCAUGCAAGAAGAGCAGAGCAAUUUAAGAAAAGCAUCCUGAAGCAGGCUGCAGACCUCACACAGGAACUCCCCAGAGUCCUCCUCCUGCACCAACUGCCUCAGCAGGAGGGCGCCUGGACCAUCCUGCCACUGUUACCACACUUUUCUGUAACAUAUAGCAGAAAUUCAUCAUGGAUUUUCUUCUGUGAAGAAGAGACAAGAAUACAGAUCCCGAAACUGCUAGAAACGCUCGGAAGAUACGACCCAUCAAGGGAAUGGUUUUUAGGAAAAGCAUUGUAUGAUGAAGAAUCUACAAUAAUUCACCACUACGCCUUUUCUGAAGAUCCUACAGUUUUUAAAUAUCCAGACUUUGCUGCUGGUUGGGCCCUCAGUGUUCCACUUGUAAACAAGCUUGCCAAGAGGUUAAAGAGUGAAGCUCUAAAGUCUGACUUCACUAUUGAUUUAAAACAUGAGAUUGCUCUCUACAUUUGGGACAAAGGAGGUGGACCAGCCCUUACCCCAGUGCCUGAGUUUUGUACAGAAGGUGUGAACUCCAACUGUGCUACCACAUUCCAUUCUUUUCUGCCACUUUGUGGAAAGCCAGUGAAGAAGGAGGAGAUUUUUGUUGCAGUGAAAACAUGCAAGAAAUUUCACAGCGACAGAAUACCUAUUGUAAAGCAGACCUGGGAGAGAGAGGCAAGUUUCAUUGAAUACUAUAGUGACUAUGCAGAAACUUCCAUUCCCACUGUGGAUUUGGGAAUUCCUAAUACGGAGAGAGGUCAUUGUGGAAAGACAUUUGCCAUUUUGGAAAGAUUUUUAAAUCAUAGCAAUGACAAAAUAGCAUGGUUGGUCAUUGUGGAUGAUGAUACAUUAAUCAGUAUCUCCAGGCUCCAGCACUUGCUUAGCUGCUACGACCCCAGCGAAGCCGUGGUCCUGGGAGAACGCUAUGGCUAUGGCCUGGGCACUGGCGGCUACAGCUACGUCACAGGAGGAGGAGGAAUGGUCUUCAGUAGAGAAGCUGUCAGGAGACUGCUCGCCAGUAAGUGUCGGUGCUACAGCAACGACGCCCCGGACGACAUGGUCCUAGGAAUGUGCUUCAGUGGCCUGGGCGUGCCCGUGACCCACAGCCCUCUCUUCCAUCAGGCUCGGCCAGUCGAUUACCCUAAGGACUAUCUGUCGCAUCAAGUUCCUGUUUCAUUCCACAAACACUGGAACAUCGAUCCGGUGAAGGUGUAUUUCACGUGGUUGGCACCCAAGGAGGAAGACGAAGCCGAAAGCGAGGCACCAAAGGGUAUCAGAGAAGAGUUAUGAAGUGUGAGCACGGCCUGGUGGGCCCCAGAAGUGGGGAGCACAGCAUCACCGCGCUGGGCCAUGCUGCUUCAAGGGACCCUGUGGCACAGGAUGCUUCCUGACUCGAGGAGGAAAUAAUGAAUGUGGUUAUUUUUGAUGAGGGAGGAGAGGAAGUCAAGGGGAAAAUUUUUUUUUUCUGGGAAAAAUCACUUGCUUUUGACUUUAAUGACUAUUGAACACAGUGAUUACGGUGUAAUUUUCAGACUGUGAUGCAGCAGCAUUAUAAUUACUGUCACAGAAAAUAAAUAGUCCCGGAAGUCCCUUUCCUGUUCUUUGUCUUCAUUAUAACGAGUCUGUGUGGGGCAUGAGACUGCGAGACGGACACGCCUGUCUGAGCUUCUGGAUCCAGAGAGAAGAGCCGGAAGUCUUUGACACGGAUAUGGCCAAUGGAAUGAACUUGAAAACUCUGUUACUGAUCAUGAACGUUGUUUCCUGGGAAACCAAUAGGAAUAAUGCACUAUAAAGAAUCAUUCAUAAAAUGUCAUAAAAGUAAAAAUACGAAAUCUCUUGCACUCCAUAAAAUCACGUGGUUAUGUUUGAUGUGUUCUCUUGCUGUUUGUGCCUCAUAAAAAGGCGAAAAGAGGUCCUCUGCGAGAGCUUCUUAUUCCUGGGGAAGUUGGUCUGUGUGCCGUUGCUCCCUGAAGGGUUGGCUCGAUGGACGUUUGUGAGAAGUGUACUGGAUGCUGCCGGCGUACAACGUCCUCCGUGUUGAAACACAAGAUUGCUAUGUUUCCCUCCAGUCAGCACUCUGUUGGUGACUCUCAGGAAGUGAAUUAACUCAUGCCCUGAUAUUUCAUUGUUGUUUUUCUUUGAAUAUUGUUUACUGACUCUCUGCUGGCUCAUUGGAGCCCUCCCUCUGCCCCCUCACGCACACAGCCCUGAGCACCGGAAGCUAAUAGGAUGAUUUGGCAGUUUUGUGGCUUCUGUGAGAGUGAAGCUUGAACACAGUAUUUUCAAGCAGCUGUAUCUGAUUUGCAAAUCACCUAUUUAAUAUAUAUGUGUAUGAUUUAACAGUGCAGUAUUAACAUGCAAAAUGUACUCUGAUGGUUUUGAUUCUGUAAUUUAGUUCUGUAAAGAUAUUUGCAUAAAACUUGAUUUUUUUCUCUAUGUUUUAAACUAAUUUUGGUAUAUUAAAAUGCUUUUUUUUUUUCUUUCUCCUUGUAACUGAAAACAGGAAUUUAUGGACUUUGUAAUACUUUUCAUAGCCAAGCACAGGGUUUUGAAUCAUAAUACCCAAAGUACUUAUGUAUUUUUUUUUUUAAACAAUGUAUUAUUCUCAGAGCCCAGAAUUGACUCAUUUCUAAAAUAAAAUAGCGCAGAUCAUGUUUCCAAAUUAACAAAUACUGGGAUUAGAGAAUUGUAGUGGAUUGGAUUCUGUUUUGUCAAAAUGGAUUCUAGACCUGUCUUAGGAAUGGAUCUGGGAGGAUGAACUGGGUGAGAGACACCACAAGACUUUGUAGUUCCUGCUGGGCUGCUGUUGAUGGUUGUCAUGUGGGAUGGCUGUCAUGCCUCCACGUCAUCACAUCGCCUUCCUGUCAUCCGUGAUCAUGCUGCCGGAGAGCCCUGGAAGCAACUUUCAUUUCUACUGCUCCUGCCUGCUAGUCACUGGCAUGCAGAGAGCCGGCACGCCUGUGGGUGAAGAGCUAUGCCAAGAUGUCUUCUGAGUGAGAAUCAGUGCCUUCUAUGGACACCGGAGCACCUCCUCUGCUACUUUUAGAUUUUUAAAUUGUGUUUAUUUUUUUUUUAAUUAUGUAAGCCUAACCACCACAAAUAAAAAAAAUCUUUGCCUAAGUUUCUGAUUGCUCAAAUAUUGUGUUUGUUAGUCCAGGUCUGAGUUGGUGGCAGUGGGACAGGUAGGGGAG